UAAAAAUUACUUGGCAUCAUUUUCUUGGUUAUGUUCUUUACUAUAUAGUCUACUUUACGUCUUUACCAGACACGUCUUUUGUCACGGAAAUACAAAUUUAUUUAAUGUAUUAAACCAACAGUCGAGAACACGAGGUUGUUAUCGUGAAUUGUUACUGAUAACAGUGAUGACACAUUUUAACGAGUCUUAAAAAUUUAGCUAUCCGAUGUCGGGCGAUUAACUAAUUGACUGGUAAACUAAAAUUUAACAGGCUCCUGAGAACGCGAAUGACGUGAAUGUUUGUGCAACGAAAUUUGUUUAGCGAGGAAUUAAAACGUCUUUAAGAUCUUUUAUGCAACCGGGCAGACUUCGUUUCGUAGGUAAACAAGAAUCCGAUCAGACUGCUUUAAAUCGAGUGUCGCUUCUGCCUUCUAUAUUGUACUCAUCCAGUGAAAUAAAUACUAUACAAAAUCUUGGUUCUGCUACACAUUUAAAUCAAUCGAAUAUGAAUAGUCCAUCUUCCACAGUUCAAAAUACAGUAAAUAAUCAUAGUGAUAGUGUUCAAUCAAAUGGAGAAGGAAAAAUAAAAAAAGUAAUUGCACCAUCCACGAAUAUAUCAACUGAAGAAAUGACAGUUACUCCAGAUAUGCCACUUUCAACUUCUUAUGCUGCGAGUUCUUUAAUAAAUCAGAGAGAAGACAUGGACAUUUAUGUAGACAGUGAGCCAACUGGAUCAUUACUAGUUGAAUCAGAAACUGAACCAUUACUAGUUGAACCAGAAACUGGAAUCCAAUUUUUAUUCUCAAGUGAUGAAACAGUUGACUUGACUACUAAAGAAGACUAUACACCAAAAAAAAAACAAAUCAUAAGACAAAAGAAAACUCCUAAGCCCAAAAAGGAUGUGGCUUCUAAGUCGGACACGUCAUUAACAAAUCCAAGGCCCAAGAGAGCAUGUGUUAUUGACAAAGCUGAGAGAGAAAAAUCUGGUUUGUGUAAGUUAGGAAAAUACAUAGAGGGCCGAGAUGGCAGUUGGAAGGUUAUUCUAACUAAUACUUCACUACCAAUGUUUCAAUGUCCAAUUUGUGAUACGUUUCUCGAUAGUCCAGAGUCACGCAUAACACAUGAAGUUGAAAUGCAUUCUUUGCUGUUUGAGUCUAUACAAAAACAUGUGGAUAUUGUUUCUAACCCAGGAAAUACAGCUUGUACUCAACAGUUAUCCAUUUUUAAUUAUUUGAAACUUUGCAUAACAUCAGAAUAUAAAACAAUAGUAGUCCAUGAAUUGGCCAAAAACACACAUUUGUUGAAAGCAUUAAAUGCUAUAAGACUUGAGACUAUAGAACACAAGACUAAUGACUUCUUUAAGUGCAAUUAUUGCCCAUAUGAAACUAAUCUUAUUUUUGCUUUAUGGGCUCACAUGAACUCCAAACAUCUAUAUCUAAAAUGUGAUUCUGAAAAAAAGUCAUUUUUUUAUUGCUUUUUGUGCAAUCGCACAUUAACUAAACGUGCAAAACCGCUCAAACAUUUAGACGCUUGUAUAAAAAAACUAACUAAAUUACCAAUUACCAAUAACUCACCUGAACGAUUUAUAUGUGUACAUUGCGAUGAAAGUUUUGAUUCAUUGAUAGAACUUGAAAAACAUACUUGGGGACAUGCAGAAAAGUAUUAGUUGGGUUAUAAACAUUCAUAUUACUUAAACAUAUAAUAUAUAAUUUACAUACAUUAUAUAUAUAUGUAAAUAUUUUAUAACUGGCAUUUGUGUAGAUUUUUUAUUGUUUU